AUGGAAAGGAAAUCAUUUUUAGAUCAAGAAGCACCUGAAGGAUAUGUUGCAGGUCUGGCAAGAGGUGCUGUUGGAUUUAGAACCAGUACAUCUCCAGAUAGUUUCAAUCGAGGAAUUGCCAUUGUACAAAAUGAAGAAGAAGAAGAGGAUGAAGACAACAAUAAUAAAACCACAACCCAAUUGAAUGAAAAUGGGAUUCUAUCUACAAAAAAACGAGGUAAAGAAGAUGAAGAUGAUGAAGAAGCCGAUCGAAUAUAUAAUGAAAUUGAAAAAAAACUACAAUCCAAAAAAAGGAAAUCCCCAAAUAAUAAAAAUGACAGAGCCAAGCCGACAGUCACCACCACCAAUGACAAUUCUUCUACUCAGUUUUCUGAUUUGAAACGACAAUUAGCAAAUUUAACCGAAGAUGAUUGGUUAAAUCUACCUGAACCUGGUGAUAUGACAAGGAAAAAUAAACGAACAAGAUUAUUAGAACAACAACAACAAAGAAUGUAUUCUGCUCCUGAUACAUUAAUAUCCACUUCUAGUUCAGCCACUGGUACCAACACAACAAAUUUCAAAUCAUUAUCUGAAUCAAGAGAUAAAUUAUUAGGGUCUCAAUUGGAUAAUUUAUUACCUGCAUAUGUUAAAACCAAUGGACAAUCGAUAAACAAUUCCAGUAGUGUUAGUGAAGAAUUACAACAAAGCAUAUUGAAUAUGACAGGAGUUGAACAAGAUUCAAAAUAUGCUAAUCUUCAAAAAAAUCGAGUUAUUUUAUCAUCAUUACGUAAAUCUGAACCUUAUAAACCAAGUUCAUGGAUUCUGUCAGCAAGAUUAGAAGAACAAGAUGGGAAGAAUUUAAAACUUGCUAAACAAUAUAUUUUAGAAGGUUGUAAAAAAUGUCCUAGAAAUGAUGAAAUUUGGUUAGAAAAUAUUCGAUUGAAUCAAUCUGAUAUUAAAUUAUGUAAACAAUUAAUUACUAAUGCCUUGAAUUAUAAUCCUAAAUCAGAAAAAUUAUGGUUAAAAGCUACUGAUUUGGAAACUAACAACAUAAACAAACGUAAAGUAUUAAUGAAAGGUUUAGAAAAAAUACCUAAUAAUGAUCAAUUAUGGGAGAAAUUAAUUGAAUUAGAAAAUGAUCCUAAUAUGGUGAAGAAAUUAUUAUUAAAAGCAGUUCAAUUAUGUUCUCAAAAUUGGGAAUUUUGGUCAGCUUUAUUAAAUAUAUCCAACUAUGAAGAAAGUAAAAAAAUCUUGAAUCAAGCUAGAAAAUCUAUAAAAGGCGUUAAAAAUAUAUUAAAAGUUUGGAUAACUGCUUGUCAAUUAGAAGAAAGAGAAUAUGGUGAAGAAACAAUUGAUAUUAAUAAAUUAAUUAAACUUAUGGAUAAAGCCAUGAAAGAAAUUUCAAUUUAUCAAAUGACAAAGGAUGAUUGGUAUAAAUUAGCUUGUGAUUCUGAAAGAGAAAAUUUCAAAGUCACUACUAAGGCCAUAAUUAUUAGUUAUUUGAAGUUUAAGGGGUUAGAUCAAUCAUCAAUAUUUGAAGAUGUUGAUAAAUUUUUCAAUGAUGGAUAUAUUAUUGUUGCUAAAUCAAUAUUAGAUUAUAUUGUUACUAAUUCAUCUAAUGAUAUUAAUAAAUGGAAAAAAGUCUUUAGUGUGAUUAAAAAAUUCAAUCAAGAAUUACCAUUAUUGUUUUCAUAUUAUGAUAAGGCAAUUUCUUUAAAUCCUCAAGUACCAUUAUUCUAUUUGAUGUAUGCUAAAGAUAAAUGGCAAUUAUCUAAAGAUAUCCCACAAGCUAGAUCAAUUUUAAAUUCAGGUGAAUUGGCAAAUCCAACUGAUUUAUCAAUAAAAUUUGCCAUUAUUAAAUUAGAACUUAAAACAGGUAAUUUACUAAAUGCUGAAAAAUAUAUUAAACACAUAAUUGAUACCAAACCAAUGGAAUCAGAGAAAUUUUGGUAUAAAUAUAUUCAUAUUCUAAGAUGUCUUAAUAGUGAUAUAACCGUAUUAAAAGAUGUGAUACAGAAGGCAUUGAAACUAUUCCCGAAUUGUUGGAAAUUAUAUCUUCAAAAUAUUCAAAUUUUAGAAGAUAUUGAUGAAUUGGAACAAGCAAGAGAAAAUGCUUUAGUGGGUGUUAAAAAAUGUCCUCAAUGUAUAUAUUUAUGGAUAAAAUUAUCUCAAAUUGAUGAAAAAGCUCAAAUCAUAAUUCGAGCUCGUUCAAUAUUAGAUCAAGCAAUAUUGCAAAACCCCAAUAAUCCAGAAAUUUGGGUUUAUAAAAUACAAUUUGAAAAACGAAUUGGUAAUUUAUCAUCAUUACAAAAUUUAACUAAUAAAGCCCUUAAACAAUUUCCUACUGAUCCUUGGUUAUGGAUUAUUAAUUUAUCAUUAAUCCCGAAAAUGUCUCAACGUAAAACAAUUUUCUUGGAUGCUUUAAAGGCAACUAAUAAUUCAAAUUUAAUAUUAUUGAUCAUUGGGGUAUUUUUUUGGUUUGAUGGGAAAUAUUCCAAAAGUAAAAAUUGGUUUGAAAGAAGUUUACAACUGGAUAAUACUAAUGGUGAUAUUUGGAGUUGGAUGUAUAAUUAUUUGAAAAAAUUUGGUACCCUGAAAGAACUAAACUCAUUUUUAAUUGAUUAUGAAUCAAAAUAUGAUUCAAUUAAUAAAGGUCAUUUUUUCAACAAGAUCAAUAAAGAUAUUAAAAAUUAUAACAAAUCUCCUAAAGAAAUUUUAGAUAUUGUCGCUAUAGAAGUUUUAAACUAUAUCAAAUGA